AUGCUUCAAAAUCUCAAAUCCUUUGAACCAACCUCACCUAUUAUACUUCCAUAUAAUCAACAAGCCUCUGAAACACAAGCUUUUGAAACACAAACCUCUGAAAAGCCAGACUCUGAACCAAAAUCACCUGAUCACUCUGAUCGAGAAAAUCUCUCUCCCGCUCCAUCUGUUUCUUUUUCUACCAAUACUCCAUUUUCCUCACCAUCCAACAAAUCUGAAUCUAAUCGCCAAUUCAUUCAAAUUGCAAGUGAAAGGAUCUCAGAGAUUCCUGAGCAUUUCAUCCAAGUUCCAAGCCCAAACCGCUAUCCUGGACCUAGACCAGAACCUCUGGUUGCUCCUGAUUUUCCAAUCAAUGCGGUCCCUCUGAACUCAGCACCACCUCCUCCUCCCUCUCCUCCUUCUUCUCCUCCUCCUCAGAAGGAAAAGGAUUUCUCCAAAGUGUCCCUUUCCAAUCUUUCUUCAGUCAAAUCUGCUAACUUUGAGUUUCCUAAUAUUGACACUGGCACUUCAAAUCAAAACCCUGAGACCAAUACCACUGUUCCUAAGACUCUGAAUAUUGGCUCUCCUCAAGGUACCUCUGAAGCCACUAGCAGUAAUCAUCCUCCCUCACCUGAAACCAAUAUGUCCAUCAUCCCAUACACUUACCCUAAACCAGACACUCUGAUGAGUUGCCUCAACUUAUUUCAUGAUCAAGCAUCAACAUGCAUUCGCAACUUGUAUGGUCAAACUGACCACAGUGAGAAACCCAACUUGGUUGCUGAAGAUUGGGGUCGUCUAUGCAAUUGGAUGCAUGACCAGAUUGAUGAGAUGAUGUUACACUACAAUGAAGAAAGAGAGGCCAGAAUUAAUGCUGCUAGACAGAGAUUUGAAGCCAGAACCAGAAGAAGACAAUCUCUACAUGAAAGACGCUUAAGGGAAAAGCUCUACACUAUAAUGGAAGAAACGAGAAAGAAGAAAGAGAAAGCAGAAGUUGUUGCAAGGCAUGAAGCAGCUCUACGUGAAUCUGCUAGGCUUGAUGCUCUGGAACAAUCUGCAAGAUUAGAAGUUGAGGCUGCAGCCCUUAAAGCUCAAGUGCUCGCUCCUGUUCCGGUCACAGACAUCGCCUCGACCUCUGCACAAGCUCCUCACUCUGAUCAAGUUGCUCCGUCUGCUCCAGUUCAGUCAGACUCCAGACUUGACCUUAUUGAAAGAAGACUUGAUUCUCAAGAAGCUCCUCUCCGGAGUCUUCAAGAGAUGUGCGCAGAAAUUCUGAAGAGGACAACUAAACCUUAG